GAGGGCAGGCAGAGGGAGAGGCAGCCUCUGCGGAGGGAUGUAAGAUGGCAGAGCUACAAAUGUUGUUAGAGGAAGAGAUUCCGGCCGGUAAACGGGCGCUCGUGGAGAGUUACCAAAACCUGACCAGAGUAGCAGACUACUGCGAGAACAAUUAUGUCCAGGCCCAGGACAAGAGGAAAGCUCUGGAGGAGACCAAAGCCUACACCACCCAAUCCCUGGCCAGCGUAGCCUACCAGAUCAAUGCCUUAGCCAACAAUGUACUGCAGCUGCUGGACAUCCAGGCUUCGCAGCUGCGGCGCAUGGAGUCCUCCAUCAACCACAUUUCUCAGACUGUGGACAUCCACAAAGAGAAGGUUGCCAGGCGAGAGAUCGGGAUCCUGACCACCAACAAGAACACAGCAAGGACCCAUAAAAUCAUAGCACCGGCAAAUAUGGAGCGGCCUGUCAGGUACAUCAGGAAGCCUAUUGACUACAAUGUACUGGACGAUGUUGGCCAUGGUGUGAAGUGGUUAAAAGCCAAGCAACAUGGAAACAAUCAGGCCAUUAGAGGUGGAACGCUAUCGAGGACCAAUCCACCAACGCAGAAGCCACCGAGUCCUCCCAUGUCGGGGCGUGGCACCCUCGGACGCAACACACCCUAUAAGACUCUGGAGCCGGUGAAGCCGCCCACAGUUCCCAACGACUAUAUGACCAGCCCUGCACGAAUGGGCAGCCAGCACAGCCCCGGCCGCACGGCGUCGCUCAACCAGAGGCAACGCACACACAGUGGAAGCAGUGGGGGAAGCGGCAGCAGGGAGAGCAGCGGCAGCAGUGGAAUUGGCAUUCCAAUCGCAGUGCCUACACCCUCCAUUCCACCACCAGGACCAGCUGUGGCCCCUGGGCCUGGACUGGGUCCCGCUCCAAUGUCCCAGUUUGGAACCAUCUCGCGGCAGAUUUCGCGGCACAGCUCCUCCAACUCCUCUGUCUCUAUGGUUUCGGCCACUGGCACCUACCGCCGGGCACCGUCGGUCACUUCCCAGUUCUCCUUGCAGCAGCAGCAACAGCAACUACAGCAGCAGCAGCAGCACCAGCAACAACAACAACAACAACAACAACAGCAGCAGCAACAGCAACAGCAACAGCAGCCUCACAUUAACGGAGGCACUCCUGGUUACGGCCAGAACUCAAUGUCUAUCGCUCCUCCUCCUCCCCCCAUGCCCCAGCUGACUCCACAGAUUCCUCUGACUGGCUUUGUGGCCAGGAUGCAGGAGAGCAUUGCUGAUACUCCCACUCCUCCUCCUCCCCCGCCUCCAGACGACAUGCCGAUGUUUGACGACUCUCCUCCGCCGCCACCUCCUCCUCCCGUGGAUUACGAGGAGGAGGACGCUGCCGUUGUUCAAUACAACGACCCCUACGCUGACGGAGACCCAAACUGGGCUCCUAAGAGCUACAUUGAGAAAGUGGUGGCCAUCUACGACUACUGCCAGGACAAGGAUGACGAGUUGAGUUUCAUGGAGGGGGCAAUCAUCUACGUCAUCAAAAAGAAUGACGACGGCUGGUUUGAGGGCGUCAGCAACGGUGUCACCGGCCUGUUCCCCGGCAACUAUGUGGAGAGCAUCAUGCACUACGCUGACUGAAGAGGACGUCGCCGCCACCACCGCCGCUAACAGUACAGUCUAUUUAUUCAGUCGUAUCGUAGUCCACCGAGAGACACGCAGCAACAGUCGUGCCUCGUCCUCUCGAGACGCUUAGACACAAAUGUAUGAUCCUUUUUUUUUUGAUAUGACAGAAUGUUCUUUCUCUAAGUGAUUGCAAAUAAAAUUAAAAUUAAUAUCUAUUUAGUUUAUUUUGGUGUUAUAUGGGCAGGGCAUUUAUGGAAUAUGUAAAAACAAAGAAACAACAAAAGAGCUGGACUGCACUCACUCACAGCUGGAGGAUGGACAGUUUGUACAUCCUGCCUGGACAAAGAUUUGUUAGCGAAGAAAAUAAAACCUAUAAUGUGAGCUGCAGCCACUACAAUGUAAAUUCAGUGAAUGUUAAUACGACGUCAGUUCUCCUCAACGCCACAAGGUCAAUUUGUGCGGAAAAACAAACACGUGGCCUGUCCAUCAUUUCCAAAUUUAAAUACUGUUAAUGAUAAAAUACUGUAAAAAUGUCUCGGCAACAAUUACUCCUGAAGGCUUGGCGUUAAAGCAUGCAAAAAAAUUUUUUAAAGAGAUAUAAUGUAACUAAGUUUAUUGCCGUUAUGCUUCCAUUAUUUUGUAAGUGUAUUCACAACAUUUUUUUUUUUUGUUUAAUUUGUAUUCCACUGUUGUUGUCAUGGAACUUUUUGAUACAGUUCAGGAUUUCCAGAGGUGUCAUUAAACUUUAAAGCAACAUGAUGCAACCUUUGUGGGUUAUGUCACUGUAGCGAACACAGAAAAUGCUCAUUUAUGUUACCCCCUUCACAUCGGCAUGGUUAAGAAUUACAUCCACUAGAGGGCAUAGAGUUAACUUAAUUCCUGUCAUCCUUUGAAAAGUUCUGCAGUUUAUUAAAAAUGAAUAGUUCUUUCAGCUAUUGGCUAGACUGCCCUCUACAGUUUCUGGUGGUACUGCUCUGUUCAUAAUUCCAUAAGACAUGGAAACAGAGUAUGAAGACCAGGCACCGCCAUUUUGUAUGUGUAUCUAACAUUAAGAAUUAAUUAAUCUUAAGUCUCUGCGUUUAAGGUAUUAAAAAGUUGCAUGGUGUUGCUUUAAAGUCGUAGAAGUGAAAUUGAAUUUUCUCUGGUUUGCGAUUUUUUAUUUUAUUUUUUUAAAUCAAGAACACACAUUUCUCCCCUUUCCUUCUACAUCUUAUUUUGAAAAUUCUGUCACAUCACUGUCAUUGAUGCUAAUCAGAAAAACGUCAGUUGGAUCAUGUUGGUACCUGGUGGUGCAGUGACAAUAGCUGGAUUUUACCGUACAAAACACUGCCAUGCGACAAUUCAGAUGUUAACACAGUCGACCAGUACACAACUCUAAUACCUCCUGAAUCUCCGCAAAGCAAACGACAACCUGGUCCGAGCUCAAGGACUGCGUUGAACGAUUUGAAACAUUAAAUCCUCUGGGCUGCACAUAUUUAACUCCAAUCAUUAGCUUUCACUCAGGUCUCCAUACAUUGUCAUCUAACGUCUUUCUUGCAGUGGUUGCAUUUCAGGAUAACACCUUCAUAUUUUUUCGUCUUUUGUUUAGUAUUUCCAAUUAAAUAAUUAAGCAUAAAAACAAUUAGGUAGAAAUGAUUGAAAUCUAUCUCUCUGCCUGCCCUUCAUUUGUACAUAUAAAGUGUUGAUUGAGAAAUUAAUGUACAGUCUUUUAUAAUAAACAAUUCUAUGUACAACA